AUGCCAGUCCAGAUACCGGUUGAGACGGAGACCACGACGCAGACCCAGAGUCCACCGGAGAAACGCUCCAGGAGCAGUCGCCCAAAGGUCCGCACUGGCUGCCUCACAUGCAAGUACGAGGACCUCUUCCCCGCUGCCUUUGCCUGCUCGGCCCGAGGCAAAAGAAUCCGACACAAGAAAUGCGAUGAAGGUCGGCCGUGGUGUCGCAUGUGUACCAGCACCGGCCGGAAAUGUGAUGGAUACCGCACCACCCCCGACCGAAGGACCCGGUCGGUGCGAAGGACCGUGGAUCUUCCCCAGACCAAAAUCGACGGCCCGGCCCAGUUACAGGUCCAGUGGCCACUCAAAAUCUACAAGCAGUCGCCUGAGGUGGUGCUAUCGUCCCCGCGCGGGUUGGUGGAUCCCGCCCAGGUCGACCUGACGCGCACAGAACGCUGGUACCUAAAUCUCUUCCGCAACAACACCGCCGCGCAAUGCGCCGGCUAUUUCCCCGAUGAUUUCUGGCAACGGAUCGUGCAUCAGGUGAGUGCCGAGCAGCCGGCCGUGCGACAUGCCGCAAUUGCGAUGGGUGCCCUGCAUUGGAGUUUCGAGCAAGCGCGCGCCAGCCAUUGGGUCUUGGCGGAGGAGGGCCACACAUUUCCCUUACGGCAGUGUAACAAAGCCAUUGCGUGUCUACGCCAGAGUCUCGUCGGCGGCCAGAAAUCAUCCCGUACGCAUCUCGAGACGGCCCUUGUGACCUGUGUGCUCUUUGUAUCCUUUGCGUUUUUGCAGGGCGACAUGCAGACGGCGAGUGGGCAUCUGCGGGCGGGCUCGAAAGUCCUGCAGGAAUGGUCGCAGCAGGUAAAUUGGCACGAUGGGUCCAAUCUGGGGCCGACGUUAAUCCAGGCUUUUGCGCGAAUGCAUCUCCAUUGGUCGACAUUUGCUGCGCCGGAUGUGACCAAUCCGGCGGAUGAUCAAAUGAUGGUUGUUCCGUCCCUGCCUCCCUUGACGCUGAGUUUGGCAGAUCCGGUUGAGAGUCUGGAGCACGCGAACAACCUUCUGGUGCACCUGGGGUUGCUCGUGCUGCAGGAUCGGACCCACCCACUCCGUGUAGAUGAGCGGGUGAGGAUUUUGUGCAAACUAGAGUAA